AUGUUCAAUGCACACCUCUUCAAGCUUACCCAGUGGUGCGAAGUGCUCCAUGCUCCAAUAGAAGGCAACAAAGUGGAACGGCUGGACAGACAGAACCCAGCCGAGGCCAAGACUCUCUCCGUUGCCGCCGCCGCCGCUGCGGGGGUGUGGCUGUGCAGCGAGGCAUUUGUGCCCGGCGCGCAGGUGACUCGCGAGGUCCAGGCGCCGUCCCACCUCCGCAGCGGCACGCGGGGCCGGCCCGCGGCCUCCUCGGGUCUGGCCAGCACCGCCACCGCCGGCGCCGCGCUGCUCGCGGCCGGCGCCUGCGCCGCCCGCAGCCGCAAGGCCACCACGGUCUGCAAGUCUUUCGAGAACGAGGUGGGUGUGACUCUGCCCAUGAAGUACUUCGACCCCCUCGGCAUGGCCAAGGACGACGAUUCCGAUGACUUCCGCCGCCGCCGAAUGGCCGAGGUCAAGAACGGACGUGUGGCCAUGCUUGCCUGCAUGGGCUAUAUCGCCCCGGAGUACUUCCGACUGCCCGGCCUGGCAUUUGCGGACAUCCCCAACGGCAUCCAGGCGCUCUACAAGAUGCCCGCAGAGGGAUGGGCACAGAUCGCCAUCUUCAUCGGCUUCCUGGAGUUGUUCCCAAUGAGGCAGGAGAAGGACCGCAUGCCGGGCGACUUCCCUGGCUUUUCCAAGCUGGGCUUCGUGGGCGGCUCGGCCCCGGCUGACCCUUCGGCCAACCAGCGCGGCUUGGACUCGGAGCUGAACAACGGCCGCCUCGCUAUGGUGGCCAUCACCGGCAUGAUCGCUCAGAACGCCUUCUUCGGCACCACUGGCCCUACCAUGUGGCUGCCAUGA